AUGCAGGUGAAAGUGAAAACCUUGACUGGAAGGGACAUCUUGGUGGAUAUAGAACCCCAGGAUAAGAUCAUUAGAAUCAAGGAGAUGAUGGAAGAGAAAGAAGGUAUAUCGCCCGCACAGCAAAGGUUGAUCUUCAAUGGCUCGCAAUUGGACGACGAGAAAACCGUGCAGGAGUCUGGAAUACAAGCUGGUGUGUCUUUGCAUUUGGUGUUGACCUUGAGAGGAGGCUAA